UUGGCCACCCACAGAUCGAUAAUCAAAGUUUAUUAUCCCUAAACUUUGAUUAGUUUGUACUUUCCGGAGGUCAAAAACAUAUUUUUCAUAAACGACUGCAAGAACAAGUCCCCCGUUUUGCAAAAAUAGACUCUAGUUUAUUCGAAGACAAUUGGCUUGAAUAAAAUCUCCAAUCGGGGUUCGCACCUUGUUAGUACCGCCAUUAGUCUCCCUUUACACUCGCUGAUUGGUGAUUUACAUUUACGGCCAAAUAACAUCUUUACUGCUGUUUGCCGAGGCUGCAGAGGGGAACUGGGUCAUUGGAUAUAAAAGCCUCGGAGUUUUCAGACUCWCUCCAGCUCCAAGUUGCGAAAUCUACUCAGGGUCCUACGAUGUUCGUGUUCGCGCUCAGUUUUGCCGCUCUGCUGUGCGUCACCGCAGCGUGGCCUGCGCUCAGCGGCCGGGUUAAUCAUUUCCCCUCAGAGGGCGAGUCAGAGGAGGUCCGCUCUGCCGCCAUCAAGAGGCUUCUGGAGGUUUUUGGGAUGGAGGACCCUCCUGCUGUCCACGGACACAAACAGCCUCCGCAGUACAUGCUCGAUCUGUACAACACGGUGGCUGACGUGGACGGCGUGACCAAGGAUCCCUACCUGCUGGAGGGGAACACUGUGCGCAGCUUCUUUGACAAAUUGCGCAGUGAACAGGUGGAGUUCAAGUUCAAUUUGUCAACCGUAGCAAGGAGUGAGAAGGUCCUCACUGCAGAGCUGCAUCUCUUCAAGCUGCGUCCUCAAGGAACCCUCACAUUCAACAGACAUCACUUCUGCCAGGUCAGUGUUUAUCAGCUGUUGGAUAUCGGUAAAACUAACAGCACACAGAUGAAGAAGUUGCUCUCUUCUCGACUCAUCCCGAUCCAUUCAGCUGGUUGGGAAGUGUUCACGGUCACACAAGCUGUUCGCUCCUGGGUGGCAGAUGAAGGCAGCAACCUGGGGCUUCAUGUGGUGGUUAGGACGCUGGAAGGAAGCCAGACGGACCUGAAACUGAUCCACUUUGCUUCAGGACGCCACCACCACCAGAGCAAACAGCCCAUGCUCGUGCUUUUCACCGACGACGGGCGCCGCUCUGCGGCACUCGAGAGCACAAAUCCCCUUGAGGCCAUCCCCACCUCCUUCCUCCCCCAAACUCAGGUGUUAGUCAAAUCCUCCCGCACUGCUCGCUCCUCGCACUACAGCGAGGAGGAAGGCCGGUCCAAGCCCUGCCAGCGCCUGCCUCUGUAUGUGGACUUCGAGGAGAUCGGCUGGUCGGGCUGGAUCGUGUCUCCCCGCGGCUACAACGCUUAUCACUGCAAAGGGUCCUGCUCCUUCCCCCUGGGUCAGAACAUGAGGCCGACCAACCACGCCACCGUCCAGUCCAUCAUCAACGCCCUGAAGCUGAUCCGAGGAAUCGAGACGGCGUGCUGCGUGCCUGACAAGCUGUUUUCCAUCAAUCUGCUGUACUUUGAUGAUGAUGAGAAUGUUGUGUUGAAGCAGUACAGCGACAUGGUGGCCGGAAGCUGCGGCUGUCACUGACGUCGUCAAGUCUCUGCUGUUGGACUGGGCAGAUUUAAUUUUCACUUUCAUCAAUCUUGUUGCCCUUUCAGUGUUCACUCGAGAGUAAAUGUUCUGAGAUCUACAAAUAACACUGUAAUAUAUGUAAAUAGACACAUAAAUUAUAAUAUAUGACUCUGCUGGAAGAGAUAACCACAAAAUGUGUAAAUAUGAAUAUGUUAUGUUUUUCUGAUUUUUAUUUUUUUWAAAUGGUAUCACUUUAAGCUUACUUGAACU